UAUGUCGCUGCCCAGUGACUAAGCUAACUGAUCCGUAUUAACGGUUAUCCACUACAUUAUGAUGUAAUGGCCACAAUAAAACGUCAGAUCGAUAAUAAUAGUUUAAAGAUUUUUAUAAACAGGCAGGGGCGAAGUUGAGGGAUAUGAGGCCACGUGACCAUCGGGGUUGUGAGGCCUGUCAAAUGCAGCCAUGUUAUGUGUGCAAACCAAAGUUAUGAUAUUCUCUCUCAGACUUUAGAAAGCUCCCUCCAGUGCCAUAUAAUACUGUACCCAGCUGUAUUCACAUGCCAAUGAGUACUCUACUAUGACAAGUGCAAGUACCUUCACAUACAAAGAUUAUUACAAUUCCUCUUCAUCCAUAAUCCUAUACACACUUGCAGCUGUCAAACACGUUUGCAUUGGACGUCAUUGGGCUGUAAAAUCAAGUUAGAUCUUAGUCUCUCAAUGGAUUUCUGCUUCAGAAGAAGUCCGGACUUGUUAAAUCCACUUCCUCCUACUGUAAGAUGACAUCAAAGUGAGGACAUGUUGGCCAGAUGAAACGUCUUUUCCUUCCCAGCCACAGUGACCUAAAUGUUUACAAUCAGUGAGUGAGUACAGUAGGUGGAGGAGGCUGGCGUCUGCUGGUCCAGGCAGAUAAGCAUUACUGCUGUGCACGCCCACCCUCUUUAUGUACAAACAACAAAAAAGAAAUUAUUCUUGCAUUGGAGAUGAACAGGAUAUAUCACAAGUACAGCUUUGAGUGCUUAAUAUUGGAGCACAAGUGUUUUUAUACAGAUCAAAAAUGGACCUAGGGGACAGAAACAUUGUUGAAAUGAUAGCAAAAAUAAUUGAAGAAGCUUCCGACACAGACAAUAACCGCGAGGGGCUAAUGGCCGGCAGACAUUACCCGUCCAUCCAAGAGUUUGCCUCGGCAAUCCCCAACCACCUUCUCCUGGGCUCUCUACUGGAGCACCUGUGCUUCGUCUACGAGAGCAACCCGACGCGCUCACGUACGCUGUUUAAAAUCAUUGGCCAGCGUUUAGCUGCCAUGAACCUCCUCUCUCCUUUGGCCAUAAGCGAUGAGUUCAGCACCGUCAGACUGCAGCACAACCGGGCCUUCACUGAGCUGCUGCAUGCUGCCAGCUCCUCGCUGUAUCAACAGGGCCAGCCAGGUGCCGGCACAAAUGUGCACACGCCUGCUGUGAGCAGACCAAAGGAGGGACUGUUUCAAGCGCAGACGUCCCGGUACCUCAGUGAAUUUGAAGAAUUAGUUAGACUGGGAAAAGGAUCUUACGGAAAUGUUUUUACGGUUACGAACAAAUUGGACGGACAGUAUUAUGCUGUUAAGAAAAUUCUCAUCAGAAAAGUCUCAAAGGAUGACUGCAUGAAGGUCCUCAGGGAAGUGAAAGUGUUAUCCAGCCUGCUGCAUGUAAACGUUGUGGGCUAUCACACUGCGUGGAUGGAGCAUGUUCAGCCUGCCGCAUAUCCUAAGUCUCUCCUGCCUGCACUGGAGUCACCUGAACAACAAGACAGUUUUGAUGAGAGCUCUGACGACACCAGCGGCAGCUCCUCCAUCGUUUUCCAAAGCCUCAGUCGAGCACCGACAGACUGGAGCGCCGAUGUCCUCCCGAGAGAGGCCGAUCCCGUCAGAGCUUCGGUCCAAACCCCGGAGACGGGCCAAGUGGUGUGUGCCAAAACGAUGCGGCGGAUUCCCACCAACUACGUCCCCUGUGUGUUCCUGGGACAGGGUGGUCCCCCGAAGAACUCCAAAUGUCCCGCCAUGGGGUGGGACAGCUCAGCGCUGUUAGAGGAGGAGUCGAGCAGGAGUAGCAUCGAACCAAACGGCAACAACAACAACGCCUGCAUCGACAAGGACUUUCAGCCGCGGGCCGGCAAAAACCGCACAGCAAAGCCCUCUAAAGAGGUGCAGUUCCACCUGAUGCUCUACAUCCAGAUGCAGCUGUGUGAGCGCUCCCUGAAGGACUGGAUCUCUGAGAGGAACAGCAAGCCCAGAGAAGAACAAACCCCAAGAUGUCCCUAUGCAUGUGUUGACAGCGAACACACACUCAACCUGCUGAGAGGGAUUCUGGAAGGAGUCGACUACAUUCACUCCAGGGGAAUCAUGCACAGAGACCUGAAGCCCAGGAACAUUUUCCUCCAUGGAAACGACUGUCAUGUUCGAAUUGGGGACUUUGGUUUGGCCUGCAGGGAUAUAAUAAUGGACGGCCAUAAGGGCCCCACAUCUCCCAGCAGUGAUUCCUCACAUACAACAGGUGUUGGCACAUUUGUGUACGCUGCACCAGAACAACUGAAGGGCAGCCAUUAUGAUUCAAAGUCAGACAUGUACAGCGUCGGAGUGCUGGCCCUCGAGCUAUUUCAGCCGUUUGGGACCGAGAUGGAACGCGUCCGGACUCUCGAGGACCUGAGAAAGGGGAGAGUCUCAAACUCGUUCUGCCAAAGAUGGCCCGUCCUGACGAAGUUCAUCCUGAACCUGACGAAUAAGGAGCCCAGCGUUCGUCCCACAGCGAGCCAGCUUCUACAGAGUGAACUCCUCUGCAGUAAAGACAUAGUGAUCCAUAGUUUACAGAGAAAGGUUGAAGAGCAGGAGGGAGAGAUCAUGCAGCUGAGGAGACAGAUCAGUCGGCUCCAGAGCUCUGAAAUCAGUUAAUUUCUCUGAGUCUGACGAGACCCAAAGCCUUAAAGGGUCUCAGCCCUCAACAGACUGUCACAACUUGAUUUAUUCAACGACUGCUCUACUGUGUGUGUGUGUGUGUGUGUGUGUGUGUGUGUGUGUGUGUGUGUGUGUGUGUGUGUGUGUGUGUGUGUGUGUGUGUGUGUGUGUGUGUGUGUGUGUGUGUGUGUGUGUGUGUGUGUGUGUGUGUGUGUGUGUGUGUGCGCGCGCCAUGUAAUCCGGGAUGUAAGGGUGCAAUUAUUUAUUUUCAUUCAAUGUGAAAUAAAACCUAAUGCUGCGACAUUUUGUUGGAUUUAUGAGAAGCAAUAUGUGAUUAUUGAUUAUCCAAGCAAUAUUUGAUUAUUGAUUAUUUGAGAUGUUACUUUGGAAGUACUACAUGUAUAACUAAUUGGUAAACGUGACCUAUAGGCAGAGUUCACAAUGUGUAUGUAGGCAAAUUGAAAACCAUUUGUUGACACAGUCAGACUUCCAAUCAAAGUCAGUUUUAUUUGUCAAUGUAGAUUUUAAGGGGAUAAGGGUUGUUUAUUUCUGUGCAUGGAUAUUCAAACAUGUUGUUGUUCUCUUGCCUGUACAUGUGGUUGUACGGUUAACUUACUGGGUACAGUAAAUGGACUGUUUUAUUUUGAGAACUUUUUUAAGUGGAAAUACUGUUUGUACUGCAUAAUUUAUUUAUAAAAGCAUUUCUGCAUAUAUAUAACAAAUAA